UGUGUGUGUGUGUGUGUGUGUGCGUGUGUGUGUGUAAUCUGCACCAGAUGACCACUUGUGGAGUCCGAACAAGGCUCUGACUUUGUCUCCUUUGUCUGCACGCGCUGCGGUAUGAAAGCGGAACUCCCUCCAUGUGGAAUUAUUACUGAUGCUGUUUUGCACGCGCUUUCCCGUUAAACGGUGCCUGUGAAGUCCCAGGCCGGGGACAGAGUGAUGUCCAUAGUGCCGGUGAGUUGGCGUGGAACAUGGCGAAGCGCGCGCUCUCUCACCUCGCUCUAUGGAAGGCGGGCGCGCUCUCGCUGCUGCUGCUGUGCGCUCGCGCCGCGUGUCCUGAGCUCUGCGAGUGUCCGCGCGCGCAACACGUCCUCUGCGCGAACCGCGGCCUGCGCGCCGUGCCCGAGAGCAGCCGGCCCGUGCGCGUGCUCGGACUCGCGGGCAACCUUAUCGGUAACGUGAGCGCGCUCGCUUUGGCACGCUACGGUCACCUGACGCGGCUCGACCUGCAGUUUAACCAGAUCCGGCGCGUGCACCCGAAGGCGUUCGAAACGCUCCUGGAGCUCGAGGAGCUGUAUCUGGGACACAAUCUGAUCUCGACACUGCACCCCGGGACUUUGGGGCCGCUACAGAAGCUCACCGUGCUGUUCAGUAACGAUAAUGACCUCCGCGAGCUGACAGGAGACACGUUCGGGAAGCUGGGGAGUUUGGUCCGGUUAAGGCUGGAUAAGAACGCCAUAGAGCUGCUGAGCGAGUCCGUGUUCCAACACGUCUCCAGUCUGAUGUUCCUGCACCUGGAAUCUAACCAGCUCCGUCAUAUUCACCAUAGAGCUUUCUACAGUCUGACUAAACUCCAGUUUCUCAACCUGUCAGACAAUAAACAGACGCAGCUGCGCCACCGGACCCUGUUCUCCCAGCUCAGGUCUUUACUCACACUGCUGCUCUCACGAAACCAGAUCACGCACAUCGGCAGUCACGUGUUCCAGAACCUGAAAAAGCUCACCAAGCUGUCGCUGAGCACCAACAACAUUCUCAGGCUGGAGAACGACACGCUGAAGGGGCUCGUGCGCCUCCGGGAGCUUGCAAUCGACGGCAACGAGCUAACGGAGAUCCAGGCGGGUGUGCUGGAGCCGCUCACGCGUGUUGAACGGAUCGAUCUCAGUGACAAUCGGAUCGCACAUAUCGAUCCCGCCGCGUUCGCCCGCCUCGCCCGUCUCAGGGUGCUGGAUCUCAGCAACAACCGGCUCAGGAGGAUCUCCGGUGGUGCGUUCGCCUCAAACGCCGCGCUCUUCCAGCUGGAGCUGAGCGGUAACCAGUGGAAAUGUGACUGUCGGAUGGAGAAGUUGAAGGACUGGAUGGCGGAGACGCGCGCCCGUGGAAAGUUACUCACAGCGCUCGUGCGAUGCGAUCGCCCACCUGCGCUCGAGGGGAAAUAUCUGGAGCAUGUGAACGGCACGGAGCUGCUUAACGGAAGCGGCUACUGCCCAGCGGAUGACGAGGAAGACGUGAUGGAGGCGCAGGAACCGCCAGGUGUAACGGAGGACGUGCUGAAGAGAGGAGGAGAUAAAGAAACGGCUCGGGACGCUCGGGGAAGUCACAAGAACCUGACGGUGAAGAGGAAGAUGGAAGUGAAGCUCAGACCUGCACCGAGUGCUUCUGCGAAAGUGAGCUCCUCCUCGGCUCUUCUUGGAACACUGACAACCAAAACGUUCCCUUUAACGGAGGAGAACAUCAGCACGUGGGAGCUGAGUGACGCACCGCAGAACCACGUGGAGCGUCACGCAGCCGUACGUGUGGCGGUGACGGACGCAUGUCAAUUCAACCGCCGGUACAUCGUGAACGUGAGCGUGCACAACGUGAGCUUCGACUCGAGCACGGUGUCGUGGAGCACGCCUGCGGACGCGCACACUGCCCAGGCCCAUGCGCUGAUGUUCCGCAUCCUGUUCGACCGCUUUGGACACGCUGUGCGUUUCCCGCGCUAUGUUUACACCGAUGGCUCCGCUCGAGCGGUGACACUGCGGGAGCUCCGCCCGGACUCCACCUACAUCACCUGCGUGGAAAGCGUGGUGGGCGGGGCUUUGUGCCAGGUGGCUCCUCGAGAUCACUGCGCGGGUUUCGUCACCACGUCGCCGGAAAGCGUCGUCGAGCUUCAGCACGUGACCGCGGCGGUGCUGGCGGUCAACGCGCUGCUGAUCCUGUCGGUGGGCGGGGUCUGGCUCGGGCGCGUUCUCAGGAGGAGGAUCAAAACCCGGAAGUCGUCCGCGCACACUCACGUGCGUCGCAUGUACUCCACGCGGAGGCCCUUCCGGUCUGCCAUGGCAGCCACCUGCGUCUCGUCUGAGUUCAGUGGGUAUCAGAGCGGGCGCCCGCUGGCUGAGGAAGGGGAUCUGAUCCAGUUUCCGGUUGACCGCUUUUAUGACAGCAGAGAUGAUAAUUCUGUCAUACCGAGGAUAUCCGACUAAAUCCGAGCUUCUCACCUGCAUUGCCGAGUGAAGUGUGUGUGUGUGUGUGUGUGUGUGUGUGUGUGUGUGUGUGUGUGUGUGUGUGUGUGUUAAAUAUUUAUACAGGGCAAAUAUUUCUGCUCACGCGCCUAUAUCCAUGUGUGACAAAGAUUUAAAAAACAUGUUCUUGCUGUGCUGUAUGAAUAUGGAAUUAUUACACAACUUUGAACAGUUAGCAGUACAUAUUCAUCUGUCAGACUUUACUCAGACUGUUACACCCUGCUAACGUGGACCAUACAGAUGCUUCCAGAUGUUUGCUUGCCUUUGACCUGUUUCGCAUAAGAGUAAUCCAGGUAUACAUCCAUGCGUUAUUAUUGGAAAUCAAUGGAAUUUCAUACACAUGUGACUUGAUUUCAGGAAAAGACAGUUUGUUCGUUAAGUUUGUUUGGAAAUAUACCAACAGUCAGCGCGCGCGCGCGUGUGUGUGUGUGUGUGUGUGUGUGUGUGUAUUGAUGAAGAUGCUGAUGAAUGAUACUAUAAAUGAUGAUUAAUAAGGGACACACUACUGUACAGUAUACUACACCCUGCAGAAAAUAAGCUCUGCCUUUAUAUAAAAUAUAUGCAUUUAUUUGUUUGUUUGUUUGUUUGUUUGUUUAUCAUCGGUGGUGUUGUCUUACACAAAAACAAUAUAAUUUAGUUGCAAU